AUGCUCUCCAAAGUUUACCCCUGGGCCCAAAGAAUACCCCUAGGAAGCGUGCAAAUUGAGUUUUGGACUCCAGAUGUUGGAUCAUGUUAUUCCCUUGUAUUUUUCAACGAUGAAUCGGAAUUUGUAGUUGAAAAUAUCCAUGCUCCCCGAAGUUUACCCCUGGGCCCAAAAAAUGCUCCUAGAAAGUGUGCAAAUUGAGUUUUGGAUGCCAGAUGCUGGAUCAUGUUAUUCCCUUGUAUUUUUCAACGAUGAAUCGGAAUUUGUAGUUGAAAAUAUCCAUGCUCCCCAAAGUUUACCCCUGAGCCCAGAAAAUGCUCCUAGAAAGUGUGCAAAUUGA